CCGGUUUAAGAAUUAAUUUUAUAAGUAGUAGAAGGAUGCUAACCUAUAGCCUUGCCAGCAUCUUCUCGAAUUCUAUAAUAUUCUAACAGACAUCUUCUACUUUAAUGCAUCCUGCAGUAUCGUGUACCUUGUCCCUCCACUAGCAAUAUCUCCCUAGGGUGUAUGCCCUAAGGAAGCGGCUUGAUAGAAAUCCUAACCCAUACAGCUCGGUCCACGGAACCCACCGAAGUAACCCGCCCCCGUGCACCUUGCCAAUUAACACGUACUUGUUACAGUUCCGUGCCCACCUUAGAUAUCCCGCGGGACAAUGUCCUCUUUACCCCGACCUUCGAGAAACUAGAGGAUGUCGGAGACAUAGAAAACGGUUAGGUCUGGAGUCUGCCGCAGCCUCCCAGCAUUGAAGACAGCAAGGCUGACUGUCUCAUCUGCUUUCCUGUCCUUCCACUUCUGCCCUAUUGCAUAAACCGUCCAUUCUAGUACCGGACUCAUGGAUAGGAAGCCUGUCUCUACCCUAUCACUCGUCCUCUUCUCCUCUUGUGUCUUGCCUAGAUGUUCAGCCAAGAGUGCCGCGAAUCCGUCCACGGAGACGGUGCACUUAAAUUCGAGAUUGAAAGGCACUUCUAAUUCUGGUUCGAACGUUGGUUGGCUCGUGCCCACGUGCCGGUGUGCCCGGAAGAGGAAUUCGGGAUCGGAGGGAACAUCUUGAUAUUAACAUCGUAAAGCACUAUGGUGAGGCCGGGUUAACAUAGCUCUCGUAGGGCAUGAGCUAAACGUAUGGGAGGCGAACGCUCGGUCCACUCAAGUACGUUCUCUAUCUCCCUCACCGCCGUGGAGAGUUUGCUCUCUUGCCCCCACACGCGGAUAUUAUCCAGGACGGUUAUGCAGAUAUCGCCCUCAGAUCGCCAAGAGUCUCCGGGCGGCGAGUGCUGGUGCGCUGCCCUACUUUCAAAAGCUGAACUUAGACUAGGCGUCCAAGCUGAUGCGAGGCCGACGAAGAUUCGGUAAAUAUGCUCUGCGGAGGUGCUACUCUGUAACUAAGGG